AGAGAUCAUCCAUAAUAUGCAAAGCAAAACACAAGCUCUUGCAUUAUAUCUAAAAUCUCUCCCAAUAGCUAGGAAGAACCCUAGUCAGGUCUAAUUGUUGAAUGUUCAAAUAUUAAAUCAAAAUUUUUUUUAUUAUGACAAACUUUAGGUACAAUAGCUAGAUAGCAAAUAAGAUUUUAAGAAAAGUGUGAGUUAUAUUGAAAUGGAUGAUGGGCGCUCCAUUACAGUGCACCUCCUGAACGGGCAUGAUUUGCAGAAAGACGGCGGCGAUGAUUGCCGCUCUUUUGGCUCCGCCUCUUUUCUGAAUACAUGUUUUAAUGGAAUCAAUGCUUUAUCUGGAAUAGGGAUACUUUCGGUGCCGUUUGCGGUGGCGGCGGGAGGGUGGUUGAGCUUGAUAUACCUCUUAAUUAUCGCCGCCGCGACGUGCUACACCGCCCUGCUAAUCAAACGGUGCAUGGACAUGGACGCCGGCGUCAAGAGCUACCCCGACAUCGGCGGGCGGGCGUUCGGGGCGGUCGGACGGGCGGUGGUGUCUUUGUCGAUGAACGUGGAGCUUUACAUGGUGGCCGCGGGUUUCUUGAUCAUGGAAGGGGACAAUCUUAACAACCUGUUCCCUAGUUUCCGGGCUAAGGUUUUCGGCGCCGUCAUUGGUGGGAAGCAGUGUUGGGUUAUCGUUGUUAGCCUCCUCGUACUGCCCACUGUCUGGUUUAACGAUUUGAGGAUUUUGUCGUACGUUUCUGCCACCGGUGUUUUGGCUUCUUUUCUGCUUCUUGCGGCGGUGUUGUGGACUGCUGUAUCUGAUGGCGCCGGCGCCGGAGACUCGCCGCCGGCGAAUCGUAGGGUUGUGAAUUGGGGAGGAACCCCCACCGCCGUCAGCCUCUACGCUUUCUGCUACUGCGCUCAUCCUGUUUUCCCCACGCUUUACACUUCAAUGAAGAAUCCAACACACUUCUCUAAGGUCCUGCUGGUUUGUUUUGCAGUGAGUACCUUCACCUAUGCAUCAAUGGCAGUUCUGGGAUAUCUCAUGUUUGGUUCGGACGCACUUUCUCAGAUCACUCUAAACCUUCCGACAGACAAGAUCAGCUCGCAGGUUGCGAUCUACAUAACGUUGGUGAAUCCGAUCGCCAAAUACGCUCUAAUGGUGACCCCAAUCGUGAAAGCCAUCGAAAACUCCUUCGCAUUAUCGGAUUACGGCAAAAAGGGAUUCAUAUGCGGACUGGUAAUCAAAACCGGCCUAGUAAUCAGCACCGUGAUUGUAGCAAUUACGGUUCCAUUUUUCGGGUACUUUAUGUCGCUCGUCGGAGCGUUUUUGAGCACGACCGCUUCUGUAAUCCUGCCGUGCUUGUGUUUCUUGAAGAUUUCUGGGAUUCAUCGUACGGCGUGGUUUGAGGUGGUCGUCAUAUGUGGGAUUGUGGUCAUGGGGGUUGGGUUCAUGGUUGUGGGCACUUAUACUGCUCUAAUGGAGAUUGUAUGCAAUUUGUGAGUGAACGGUUGGUUGGAAGGGAGAAAUUAGGCCAAAAAUGAAUUGCAAUCACUUUAAAUUUCAAUGUUUGGUUUGCAUAAAUAAAAUUAUUAUUUUUUAUUUCAAAAAAUAAAUAAAUAAAAUUAUUUGGAA